CGGGGCUAUAAGGCCGGAAGCAAAGUCGUCUCAAAGCGCUUCACGGGAGAGAUCAGCGCCGCCGGACACAGAGCUGACGUUUCCGGUGUUGGGGAAGCCGGGUUGUGGUGGCCGUGCCGACCAGGCUGGACAGUCGGGUCCUUGACAUGGGGGGUAGGGCAAGGCCGGCUCUGCCCCCAGAGGAGGAGGAGGAUUGUCCUGGUGAUGAUGAUGAAGGAGCCGUUGUGCCAGCAAUGAUCUGGAGCCUGGAAGAGGCGGAGAUGCUGGAGGAGGUUCAGACAGGAGCCUCGUCCUGUGGAGCGACCGCGAUCAUCACUGUACUGCGGGCACUGGGUGUGGAGGUUCCGCCCGGAGCUGUGGAGGCCUGCGUCCGCACCAACCAGCGCAGGAACCAGGCCCACCUGCCCGACUACCUGCUGUCCCGCAGCGUGGCCGGAGCCACACACCAGCAGCUGCUGACAGGAGUGAGUGAAGCCACCGAGGGCAGAGUGAUCGGCCGCUUCUUCCCGCUUUACCCGGUGCGGGAGGUCAGGCUGAGGUCGUGGCUGGCCGGCUGGAUCCGCCGUGGAGCCGUGCCCGUGGCCACCAUGAACCUGCAGGUAGCCCCGCCCGAGGGGGAGGAGGUGCCGGACGCCUGGCAUCACCAGAUGAUCUUCGGGGUGGACACAGCCGGCAUCUACCUGACCAACCCCAUCCAAGUGGAGGAGAGUGAGCUGGUGAGGCGGAGGCUGUGCAGUGAGUCGGUGCUGCUGGUGCGACGGGAGGACAUCCUGACCCGGCUGACGGGGGGCACGGAGCUGUCACACCUCAACCACGACCAGCGCUGGAAGGUGCUCAACGUGGCAGGCCAGGUCAAGCAGAUGAUCUACGAGAUGUCCCUGGGGGAUGUGGCCUUGACCCCAUGGGUAACCAUCCCUGCUGCCUACCAAUCCGGCAUCAGCCUCUUUACCCUCAGCAACUCCCAGACCGCCACAGACCUCCUCACAGCCAACGAGUUGCCUUUGAAGCAGUGAAAGUAAUUCCCCUCCCACCCCAUCUACAACAACAACAACUUGCAUUUACAGCGUGCCCUUCACACAAAACAGUGUCUUGGAGUGAGUGAAACUGUCUGGCGUGGGGAGCCAGCUAUUUCCUCGGACAAAAUCUGAGUUGUAACGAUCGGGGUUGCUAGGCUGACAUUAACGUGAGUCGCAUUUCGUUAUGAGAGAGAGAGGGGGUAUUUAAAUGAGUGACCGAGUUGUGGAUCAGUACAGUUGGUUUCUGAUUAUAAAUGAAACUACAGCAGCUUUCAUUCUAUGUGCAAGUGUUACAGCUUCAUGUAGCUCGGGGGCCGUCCAGAACUACAAACAUUUUCGUGAACGCAGAAUGCAACGCAGGAACGCAGCCCGCACUCCAUAUACAUGUCAUUAUACACAAUCUGUACAUUGUUGUAUCCGGUGUUUUACAGGAUGGGUUUUGGAGGGAAGAGAGUUAAGCGAUGCCACGCUGUUUGUACUCUUGUGGGACAAGGUGGCAAUUUACAGACAGUCCCUUAAGAUGUGUAGAGUGAUGACCUAGUUUGGGAAAUGCCUCCCUCCCCCGACCAUCCAUUCCCAGUGUGGAGGAGAGCCGGGAAAUGUACCGGGAAUAGAGCGAGUGGAACAGGGAGAGCGACAGAGCUAGAGGGGGACAGACCGAGAGUCACACUCGUUGAAAUGGGAGCGAUUCAGUGCAGAUACUCCAUUCCUUGUGUCGCUGUCACUGCUACUUGUGUGUUCUCUAAGUCACUUAUUUUUAUAAAUCACACUUUCCCACCCGACCUUCAGUUGAGAUGUUA